AUCUUGAAAACAGCAUGUCAGAAGAUUUCAACGCCUCUGAGCAGCUUUCCUGUGAUCUCAAAUGAGCAGAAGAAAUGCCUUGUUUCAUGGUUGCUUCAAAUCAAAUCCACUUUACAACAGCUCAAUCAGCUUUACCAUUUUAAACAGAUUAUAAUAGGUUUUGAAUGUUUACAAGUGUGGAAGAAGACUGCAAUUAAGAGGGUAAUAAUGGAAAACUUUUCAGCAGUUCUUAUGAUGAAUGAUCCUAUAUACAGUCAACCUUCCAGUGUCAAAGAGUCACUGGAACAUGGCAAGAAUCCAAGUUGGAAUCUAUCUGAGGCUAACCUGCAAGAAGUGAGACCAGCCCAAGAUAACACUAGUAUUGGUAUUACUCAGAAUGUUGACCAGCAAAGUUGUUUUAAUUCAAGAGAAACUUCCCAGGAAUGUAGUGCUGUUAAUAAUGGUAUUGGUAAUCAUUCUACAGAUCAUCAAAGUUAUUUUGCCAAUGACAACCAGCAAAAUAUUACAGCUAGACAACUACAAGAAAGAGUCAUUAAUAGCAACCGUCACCCUGUUCCUCAAGCCUACUAUGCUAAUGAUGCUCAGAGAAAUAAUGCAGUAUGGCUGCCCCAAGACUGUGUUAGUAACAGUAACCAUUACAUGGGUGCAUACCCUAAUUUUCCAAAUUACACCCCUGAACACCAUAGAGGACAACAAUUCCAAGAAAAUGUUCCAUACGUUAACAGUCGCCCAAUGCAACAUUCAUUUCUAUUUGAUGCCCAGCCACUUAAUGGAAAACAGCAAUUUCAAAAAAGUAUCCCAAAUAAUAACAAUGCCAGGCUAAAUAUUAGAGGAAAACCACCACCCUAUCCAAGUAAUGUUGGUAUUCAUCAUGCUUGCUCAACCCUGAAUCCAAACUUUCAGAACCUUCAACCAUUAUUUGUUGAUGUUUCUACUAACAAUUGCAAUAGACCAGCUAUUAUUCCACAGACCAAUGCAUAUAGACCACAAUAUAUGUUAAAUCAAAACAACAGCAAUAACCCUACUUCAGUACAGAGAUCUGACACAGGAAGUCAACCUGUCCAGUCAUGCCAGAACAUUGAACAGAGUUUUUAUAUGCCAUUUGCCAAUUCUUUCCAAGCUAUGAAUAAUUUGCAGAAGUUGAUUAUGCAUAAUCAAUCUAAAUCAAUCUCAUCUAAAGGCUCUGUAAUACAGGCUGCAACAAAUGAUUCAUCCAGGACUAUAGGUUUCUCUCAACAGAAUCUCAGUUCAGUAUCGUCAUCUGUAACCUUGAUGUCUCUACUUAAACCAGCUACUACUGUUCAGAUGCCCAGCAUGCCUUUGUCACAUGCUGCAACUUACAACCCUCCUGGCAUGUCUGUGUCAACACCAACCUCAACUAUACUGUCCUCAUCUCUAGUCAAACCGGUGACAACUGUUCAGAUGUCUGACAUGCCCCUACUCCCUGCUGCAGCAGUCAACACACCAGCUUCCAUAUCUGGAUCAUCUUCAGCCAUAAUGUCAGUAUCUGGCAUGUCUGUGUUAAGACCAACCUCAUCUAUACAGUCUUAUCUAGUUAGAUCAGUGUCCACUGAUAAGGUGUCUGACAUGCCCUUAGCACCUGCUGCAUCAAUCCUCGCACCAAAUUCUGUAUCUGGAUCUCCAGGCAUUAUGUCAUUAUCUGGAAUGCCUGUGUCAAGACCAUCCUCAUCUAUACAGUCCUCCCCUCUAGUCAAACCGGUGACAAUUGAUUCAUCCAGGACUAUAGGUUUUUCUCAAAAGAAUCUCAGUUUAGUAUCGUCAUCUGUAACCUUGAUGUCUCUACUUAAACCAGCUACUACUGUUCAGAUGCCCAGCAUGCCCGUGUCACAUGAUGCAACUUACAACCCUCCAGUCAUGUCUUGCAUGGCCGUGUCAAGACCAACCUCACCUAUACAGCCUAAUCUAGUUAAACCAGUGACAACUGUUCAGAUGUCUGACAUGCCCUUACCACCUGCUGCAUCAGUCAAUACACCAGCUUCCAUAUCUGGAUCAUCUCCAGCCAUAAUGUCAGUAUCUGGCAUGUCUGUGUCAAGACCAACCUCAUCUAUACAGUCUUAUCUAGUUAGACCAGUGUCCACUGAUAAGGUGUCUGACAUGCCCUUAGCACCUGCUGCAUCAAUCCUCACACCAAAUUCUGUAUCUGGAUCUCCAGGCAUUAUGUCAUUAUCUGGAAUGCCCGUGUCAAGACUAUCCUCAUCUAUACAGUCUUACCUAGUUAGACCAAUGUCCACUGCUAAGGUGUCUGCCAUACCCUUAGCACCUGCUGCAUUAGUCAACACACCAGCUUCCAUAUCUGUGUCAAAACCAACCUCAUCUUUACAGUCCUCUCCUCUAGUAAAACCAGUGACAACUGCUCAGAUGUCUGACAUGCCCUUAGCACCUGCUGCAUCAAUCAACACUCCAUCUCCUGCAUCUGGAUCUCCAGGUAUAGUGUCUAGUGUGUCUCUGUCAAGUCCAACUGCAUCAAUUCAAUGUUCUCCUUUGGUUAAAUCAGAAAUUCCUGACACAAUCAUAACUGGCACGCCUUUAUUAAAACCAGAUGCAUCUUUGCACACUCAAGACUUAGUAUCUGACAUGACCUUAUUAACACCUGCUGUAUCUACCAAAUCUGUCCCAUCAAGAAGAUCUGAUUCUGUCCAUUCAAGUUCUAGCGCAACCCAUUUCGCACAAAGAUCUUCCUCCACCAGGAAGACACUAGUGGCACCACAUGCAUCUGCUAAAAAGAAACGCAAGACUAGGUCACCAAAGGCAAUAACAAAUAAAGCAGCUCUCGCAAAGUCUCGUUCAUCAAAAUCAAAAAGAGUUCUUAAAUCUGCCAAAUCAUCUACUAAUCACUGUGUGGUUUUUGCUGUAAGACGUGGCAAAAUAUGUUAUCCUGUUCUUGAUAGAGUAAGGUGUGUUGUACCAAGGAGAAUUAUGAUUCCGAAAGAUUUUGUUCAAAAUAAAUAUCCCACUGUUGCUCUUCGAGGGUAACUAGUAUUUUGUUAGCAUAUCAGCAAUAGUACAUUUGUAACCAUAGCGUGUUAAAAUAUAUAGUUGUAUGCCCAAGGCAUAUCAACCACCAAAUCUUGACACUGAAAGUCGAUCUAUUCAGUCAAGACCAGCAUUGUAUAUAUAUUGUAUGGUAAUACUACUUAAGCUGCAGAUACUAUACUAAUAAAA